GCAGCCCCAGUUGCACGCUCGGCCGGGCCAGCCCCGCUGGAGCGCUGCCUGCCCUGCCUGGAGGGAUUAGCGUGCACCGGGCUGCAGCGCCCCCUGCACCCGCCCAGCCCUGAGCGCGCCCUGGGCUGCCUGCAGCAGACAGCGCCCGCCUGCCCGUCCGCUGCUGGCCAUGUCUGGACCCGGAGCUCACAGCCAGAGCAGGAGGCUGCCCUCUGACAUGGAGCAUGGGCAGCGGGGACUAGAGCCAGAGCAGAUGCAGCAGCAGCUCAAAUUACGUGACAGGCAGAAGUUCUUUGAGGAGGUUUUCCAGCAUGAUGUGGAUUUCUUCUUCCCCAUGUCUCACCUGCAGAUAGAGCACAGGAGACCUCCGCUGGGCAGCAUUUCCUCCAUGGAGGUGAAUGUGGAUAUGCUGGAGCAGAUGGAAAUGAUGGACCUUUCUGACCAGGACACCAUGGACGUGUUUCUCAGCUGCGGGACAGAGGAUAACAAUGUUGCCGGUCUCCUGCCAGAGCCCAGCCACUACCAGGAGGAAAUCACCCUGCAAGUGCCCAAUGCAGCCGAGAUCAAAUCUCGGAUCUCGUCUACAUCCUCCGUCUCCACAGACCUGAACAGCCUGGACACCAGCGAGGAGGGGGCCGAGACCCCCGUGGUGCAGUCGGAUGACGACGAGCCCCAGGAGGACAGCCCUGAAGUCCAGGCGGCCAGAAGCUAGCAGCAGGCUCCCUUCUCUCUCCUCAUGCACCCUCCACAUGGACCUGCCAGCAUGAGAGGAAGGAAGGCUGCUGGUUGUUUGACUGUUGCUCAGUACAACCCAAGCCGUCUCCCCAUCCCAAGGAGCGGAGAGACGGCUUCCCCCAGCACGUUCUUCAGUCAGCCAGGAGAGUGGUGCAGAAACAGAGGGGUAGUGUAGUGCUUCAGAAAUUAACUCUUCAGGCUUUGCUACUAACACUCCCGCUUCACUCAUCUGAACAGCUACAUGAGCCACGGCCUCAGCUGUGCCCAUUUCUGGCAAGGCCUCCCUGCAGGACCGACAGCCCCCCCAGUCCCAGUGGGGACCCUCCCCCCUUCUAGGCAAAUGUGUAACAAGACCCUACAGAGAAAUUACACUCCUGUCAAAUAAGCGUAGGGAUGGUGUGUGUUAUUGGAGAACCAUGAAUGCCUGGUGGUUGGUGGGGAUGAGGGGCUGGCCUAGGAAGUGGCUGCAGAAGGAGGAAGAGGAGAGUCUCAGGGAGGGGAGAUAGGCUUAAGGCAGGGGAUGAAGCAUUUACAGCCAUACUACCAAGGACAAGACCUCAGUAGCAGUUGAGCCAAAGUUUCCCAGUUGCCGGAGAACAAGGGACGCCAGCCCAAUCCAGUGGCCAUUCCUCUGCCCAACAUAAAUACAAGUGGUAUAGUCCUCAUUACCUACCGCUGAGGAGAACUAUGGGGGUUAAUGGGGCAAAUCACCAACCCAUCCCAAUAAUAAUACUGAGCACUUCUAUGGUGCUUUGCAUUUUCAAAGGGCUUUGAUUGCACUUGUGCUUACAGAGGAGACAGCCUGAGACCGCAGUGAGACUGUACUGAUUCCCACACUAAACCCGCAGGGCUGGUGGGCGUGGGAGCACUGUGAUCUGUAACAUGACCCCAUGAGUGUGUUCAUGCAAUUCCCCAUGAAUUGUGUGACCCUUCUAGCAACAGCAAAGUAGCCCCCUCAGCACAGCAGAAUACCCAGCAUGGCUGUUGGAGCACUAGCUAGCUGUGUUACAAGGACAGAUUGUCACUUUGACUCCUCCUUGCUGGCUAUUUGUCUUGCCCUCUUCCUACUCUUGGGAAUGAGGAUAGCCACACCCAGAUCUGGCUGCAUCACCAUUUUAGGGAGGCGUGCUACUGCCACCAGCUGCUCUAAUACAGGAAAACUUUGGCCACAAGGAAACUGUAACAGGAAAAACAAAGUCAUUGCCAUGACAAAAAUGGAGCAUCCUCAAGGAGAGGAGUCUGGUAUAUAAAUAACAGAGGCUGGGUAUUGCUUUAGAUCCAGGCCAUUUCCUAGGGAGCAUUCAGAGCUGCAUAGUAGCUAGACACAUACUAGUAGACACUGUUGGACCCUGGCUGCACCAUUUAGCAUCCCAAGUACCAUCAAACAAAAAGCCAGGUGCAGAUGAGUCACAUUGUGUCCACUAUACUGCCUCAUAAAGCACUUUCCAGAGAAAGGUUAAAAGGAAAAGAAAGGUCUGAAAAGAGGAAGUGACUCAGCAGAUUGGCAACUCCCGAGAGGCUUGGGCAGCACAAAUAUAGUCCUAGCAAUCAGCUAAACCCCUGGAAAAAUCCAAGAAGUGAAUGACCACUGCUGAGCAAGGACUGCCCCCAGGACCCUGAUUUCAGAGCUGGUUUGCAGCAGUCUGUGGACAGAGUGGUGCAGGGAGUCUCCUAAGCCCAGAGAAUGUGUGUCAAAACAUUCUCCAGCCAGACCUGUUGUGCAGCAUCUGCAGCUCCCAUCCAAUCUCCUAGACCUGGAGUCCCUCACAUUCUCUUAUAAAGUCCUAGCACGGAGCUCAUGUGUCUAGAUUCCAUAUGGGCUUCUGAGCAAGCACUUGUUCCUACAAGUUGUGGAGCACUCUGGCCCUGAUGUAGAGAAGCAUAAACAUUUAAGCAGGUGGCUAGCCAAUUGAAGUUAAUGGGCUUACUCACAAGCACGUGUUUAACCUUAAGCAUGUGUUUCACUACAUAAGAGCUAGCGUGCUCUGCCUGUUGCAGAAUCAAGCCCUAAAUGAGCUAGCUGAACUUCUCCUGCACGCCCAUCAAUUCUUAGGGAGGGAGCACUUCCAACAUCGGAGACUUGUCUCUGAACAUUUUGUGUGGAUCAUAGUAGUCAUUAUUAAGGCUACGUUUUAGUCAUGGGUAUUUUUAGUAAAAGUCAUGGACAGGUCAUGGGCAGUAAACAAAAAUUCACAGCCUGUGACCUGUCCAUGACUUUUACUGUAUAUCCCUAACUAAAACUUGGGUGAAGGGCUGUGGGUGCUCUGGGGGAGGUGGUCUGGGGGCACCAUGGGUUCUGCGGGAGGUGGCCCACUCGUGCUUGGGGGGAGUGGGGCAGCAAUGCACAGCCCGGGAUCCCUGCAGGUACUGGGGUGGGGGGUUAUUGGGGCUGGCAGGCUCCCUACCUGACUCUGCAUGUCCCUGCUGCUCCUAGGUGGCGGAGGGGCCAGGUUGCUCCACGGGCUGCUCCUGACAGAAGCACCGGCUGCGCAGCUCCCGUUGGCUGCGGUUCCCAGCCAAUGGGAGCUGCAAGGGCAGGGCCUGCGGGCAGCGCGUGGAGCCCCCUGGCUCUUCCGUCACCUAGAAGCUGCAGGGCCAUGCCAGAGGGAGCCAGGAAGCACCCCGACCCCAAGGUAACACCCCCCGGUCCUCCCAAUGCCUGCCCCUAGCCCUGAGCUCACUCCCACACACCCAAACUGCUGGCCCAGGGGCUGCUGCAGAAGUCACGGAGGUCACAGAAAGUCAUGGAAUCCGUGACUGCCGUGACAGACUUGCAGCCUCAUUCAUUAUCUUUAUUCAUUUGGGAACUCUGGAAUUCAGCAUACGCCCCAGACAUUGGAGAUGGCAGAAAUGAUACAAGUUUGGACUGGUAUUUUAGGAAUGAUUUUUUACAUACACAUCUACCCACAGCACUUUGUCUUGGCUGCUUGUCUGGCUGAGAUACAAACUGAUGUGAGUAGCUUUUAUAUAUAGUUAAGGAUAAUCAGGGCAGGACUGGGGGUCUCUUGCACGACUAGCUCUUUGCACUGUGUCUACCCUAUAAUGUAAGAUCCUGCUCUUUGGCAUAUGUUAAAGUUUUGCUGAAAGGCUGCACCAUGCUCCGGUAGGCAGGUCAGACUAUUCUUAGUGAGAUGCUAAACCUGCCCUGUGUUGUAUAAUCCAUUAACUCUGAGGAGAUUGCAAUGUAGUCAUGGGGUUAAUGGUUCAAUAAAAUUUCAGUUUCAAA